AUGUCUCCUCACGCGCUAUCCAUAUUCACAGAAGAGGCCAAUGUCUCUGCAUUGAUGAAGAAGUACGCCAUUACACAGAACGGAUUUCUUCCUGCCGAUGCACCUGUCAAAGUCCUUACGGAUCCUUACUAUUUGCCGUGGGAAACAAUUGUUCAACACCUCCCAGAGCUUCUAAAGACUGGCAAGCUGCGGCGUGACGUCGACAGUCUUCCUCCUUUGUCGACGAAUAAGCUACGCAGUGAAGCUGAGUGGAGACGGGCUUAUGUGAUCUUGAUCUUCCUGGCACAUGCCUACAUUUGGGGCGGAGAACAGGCGCAAGAGAUUCUACCCCGAGCCGUUGCUGUCCCUCUCUUACGCGUUUCCGAACAUCUUGAAGUUCCGCCUGUCGCGACUUACGCAGGCCUGAAUUUGUGGAAUUUCCUUUCAACAAACAACGACUUCACCGACCUGGACUCUUUGGAAUCCCUGCACACAUUCACGGGCACAAAAGAUGAAGCUUGGUUCUACUUGGUUUCAGUAGCCAUGGAAGCCCAAGGUGCUCGAAUUAUGACCGAUAUGCUCGAUGCUCUGGAGUCCAUUAAAACAAGAAAUUACGAAACAAUCACGCGGGCAUUGGAAGCCCUGUCCGGAAACAUUCGAAAGAUCGGCGCUUUAUUAGAGCGGAUGUAUGAAAACUGCGAUCCCAUGGUUUUCUUCUACGAGAUUCGCCCGUUCUUGGCUGGUAGCAAGAACAUGGCAGCAGCGGGCCUACCGAAAGGUGUCUUCUACGACGAAGGCGAUGGUCAGGGUACCUGGCAGCAACUCCGUGGAGGAAGCAAUGGCCAAAGCUCUCUCAUCCAAUUUCUCGACAUUGUCCUGGGGGUUGAGCAUACAUCGGAGGGGAACAGCAACCCACAUGCCAGCAAAACCAAUCCCAGCCAAACAAAAAUGCCCGCAUUUCACGAAGAAGUCCGCAGUUAUAUGCCAGGGCCACACAAACGUUUUCUCGAACACGUUGCCCGCAUGGGUAGUAUCCGGGAGCUUGCGAAACUACCUGUUUCCAGUGUCAAGCAGGAAGACUUUUGCAAUGCAUACCAAGCUGCAAUCAAAACGAUGACGGAGUUCCGUAACAAGCAUUUGCAAAUUGUAACCCGCUACAUCGUGCUUCCUUCUAGAAAGAUGUACAGUGGUGCGAAAGUAGAUCUGGCAAGCGCAUCUUCAGUGAAGGACGAGCAACUCACUGGAACUGGUGGAACGGCAUUAAUGCCAUUUCUCAAGCAAACAAGGGACGAGACUCUGCAGGCGGGGCAGUUGGAAAAGGGACCGCGGAGGUGA